GCUUGUUUGACAGAUGGGAAGUGGCUCAACAUGAAGGAGUUCAACUUGUUUACUUUUAAGAACAAGAACAAAUCCCCACAAAUGCAAGCACUUUUAAGACCUUUUCCGUAAUAAUGGCUUCUGUAAUGGAGGAUCCCACCCUUCAUGGACAUUUUAAAGGACAUAAAGAUGUUGUUACCAGUGCCGACUUCAGCCCCAAUAAUAAACAGCUGGGUACUGGUUCCUGUGACAAGACCUUGAUGAUCUGGAACCUCACUCCCAAAGCCAGGGGAUUCAGGUUUGUGGGUCAUACAGAUGUCAUUACAGGGGUUAAUUUUUCUCCAAGUGGUUCUUUGGUAGCAUCUUCAUCCAGAGAUCAUACGGUUCGACUGUGGACACCCAACAUAAAGGGAGAGUCAACAGUGUUCAAAGCUCACACGGCAAGCGUUCGAAGUGUUCAUUUCUCCAGUGAUGGCCAAAGGCUAGUCACGGCUUCAGAUGACAAAUCUGUGAAAGUGUGGGGUGUUGAACGGAAGAAAUUCCUCUAUUCUCUUAACCAGCACACCAACUGGGUUCGCUGUGCAAGGUUUUCACCAGACGGUCGUCUCGUUGCUUCCUGUGGUGAUGACAGGACAGUUCGCCUCUGGGAUACAUCCGCACGUCAGUGCAUCAACAUUUUCACAGACUACGGCGGGUCAGCAACGUUUGUGGACUUCAAUUCUAGCGGUACAUGCAUUGCAUCAUCAGGAGCGGACAACACUUUAAAAAUCUGGGAUAUUCGUACAAACAAACUAUUUCAGCAUUACAGAGUUCAUAGUGCAGGAGUGAACAGCUUUUCCUUCCAUCCAUCGGGAAACUAUCUGAUCAGUGGCUCCAGUGACAGCACAGUAAAGGUCUUGGAUCUUCUGGAGGGAAGGCUCAUCUACACCCUCCAUGGCCACAAGGGUCCAGUGUUGGCUGUGGCUUUUUCUCAAGAGGGAGAUCUGUUUGCAUCAGGGGGUGCUGAUUCUCAGGUCCUGAUGUGGAAGACCAACUUUGAUUCGCUGAAAUACAGAGAUUUGUUAAGUAGGCACAGCAAGCGAGUCACUCCAGAUCCCCUUCCACACCUGAUAGACAUUUACCCUCGAUCACCUCACCAACUCUCUGCCCAGAACGGCACAAUAGAGGUUAACCCCAUUGUUGCUGAUACUCAGUCUGGAGAUCGUCAAGUGGUAGAAGUAGGGCGGGUUUUCUUCUCAAAAGCGGAUGUAAGGGGCCAUGAUAGUGUUACAACAAGCUACAGAGAUCAGUCCAGCUCAGGUACUGGCUCAGUUCCACCUCAAACUCAUAUGCGACAUAGAGAAAAAGAAAUUGAAGAAAAAGUAGGAGGGUUUGCUUGCAACAUGACAACCUCAUUAGAGGAGUGCUGUAGCCUGCCAUCAAGCCUUACCAGGACUCUAGAGAACAUUGUACAGCAGUUGGACAUUCUGACCCAGACUGUUGCUGUCCUUGAGGAGCGCCUCACACUGACUGAAAACAAACUGAGGACCUGCCUGGACAAUCAGGCCAUUUUUCUGCAGCAAGCACACCAAGUGGACCAAUCCGAUGAGGAGAGGGGAGCUGAGGGGCCAUCUGUAUGAGGUAUACCCCCUUCCUCACCCUAGCUUACCAGCUCCAGUGGUCCUUACAUCAAUGGUGGCUUCCUCUGGUAUGCAAAGGGGAUCACAAAAAUGCCUUUGCCUCUUAUACUCUGUCUUUCCCUUCACUUUAUAUUAAAGACAUCCAGCUGGGUCAUUCCAGUCGAGGACACUGGACUUUUAACAAUGCAAAUAAAGAGGAAAAAAAGAUGAAAAGAGUGAGGAGAAUGAGGGAAGGGCAACAGGGGUAUUUGAGGGAUCUUAAAGCAGUCUCACCCAAAAAUUCAAGUUCUGGAGAGGACAGCUGCAGCUAAGACAGUAUCAUGUUUUGACAGCGGUGAGGACUGUUAUCCCUCAGGACAGCCACUCUGAAGACAUAUCAGGAAAGAGACUGACAGAAGAUUUUCCUGUGUCCCUUUUCAUCACUGAAAAAUAAAGUAUUAUAUUCUUUGAAAACAAAUCUUAAAUAGUGGUCGACUGAUACAGGUUUUUCAAUGAAUUAUGCCAAUAUCUAGAGACCAGAAUGGCAGAUGGCUGAUAUAGUGCCGAUAUACACUCACCAACCACUUUAUUAGGUACACCUGUACACCUACAUAUUCAUGCGAUUAUCUAAUCAGCCAAUCGUGUGACAGCAUUGCAAUGCAUAAAAUCAUGCAUAUACGGUCAGGAGCUUCAGUGAUUUUGACUGUGGCAUGAUUGUUGGUGCCAGACUGGCUGGUUUGAGUAUUUCUGUAAUUGCUGAUCUCCUGGAAUUUUCGAGCACAACAGUCUCUAGAGUUUACUCAAGUGAUCGGCAGUUCUGCAAACGGAAACACCUUGUUGAUGAGAGAAGUCAACGGAGAAUGGCCAGACUAGUUCGAGCUGACAGAAACGCUACGGUAACUCAUAUAACCACUCUGUACAAUUAUAGUGAGCAGAAUAGCAUCUCAGAAUGCACAACACAUCAAACCUUGAGGCGGAUAGGCUACAACAGCAGAAGACCACGUUGGGUUCCAACAGAAAGCUGAACCAAAACUGGACAUUUAAAGACUGGAAAAACAUAGCCUGGUCCGAUGAAUCUUGAUUUCUGCUGAGGUACACAGAUGGUAGGCCCACAAGUUAGGCUGAUUAGACAAUCGCAUGAAUAAGUAGGUGUACAGAUGUAGCUAAUAAAGUGGUCGGUGAGUGUAUAACACUCGGCCGAUGCGAUAAACACAAAAUGGCCAAAUAUCAGCUGAUCAUUUGGCCUGGCCAAUAUAUCGACUUGUCAUAGUCUUAAAAUCUUAACCUAUUUUGCUUCUCGAAUAAAUUUUUGUUUUAGGGAUAUUUGCAUAUUUUUACUGAAAAACAAGACAAAAUGCUGAAUAAAAAAAAGACUUUUGCAAUGUUUAUACAUAUACACACACACAUGCACAUUUUUUACUCCAAAUUUGUUUGUCUGCCUUGUCACAUAUUAUGUACUGUAUAUAAAGACCGUUAUGAAUGAAUUACAGCAUAUCUACAGUCAUUGGUG